CAUCUGUGAUUAACUCGCUUGCGUCUCUGAGGAACUGUAGGCUAUUUGCACCUUUACGGAUACCGGUAAGCUGCCGCUGCUGCGCACAGGGAGGGAGUAGCACCCAUAGGUGGUGGCUGAGACGUCCGUGCGGUGCUAAGAUUGAUGUAGUGCCUUUGACAGUUUUUCCUGAAUGGACAUUGUUUUGUCUGACUGAGACGUGCAUCCUGGUCAUACAUGCUCGCCAGACGCCUGUGAUACUGCGGCGUUUCGGUUGUCUGCCGUGUGGUGCUGCAUCCAAAAGACGGGGUCUGGGAUGAACGGGACUCAGUGCAGCGCCGCUGACUGUCCGGCUGCGGGUGUUCUUGCAGUCGAGGGGCUCCCACCGCUGCCCAAAGGCCUGAGCGGCAUCCUCAACUCCAACGGCGGCUCGUGGCGGGACAUCGAGAAGGUGCACAGCAAGAGAGCGCGCAUCCAGGCGGACAUCAGCCGGGGCGACGGGGGCGCGCCUCGCCGCCACAGCAAGCCGGCCGGCCUGGACGCUGCGCUGGCUCUGCUGCGCAAAGAGAUGGUUGGUCUGCGCCAGCUUGACAUGUCCCUGCUGUGUCAGCUGUGGUCUCUCCAUGAGGCCAUCCAAGACUACAAGGGUUCCUCACUUCUCUCUGAUGCCUCUUACAAUGGAGACAAUGGAUAUUCUGAGGAGGAGGAGGAGGAGGAGGGAGAGGAGGAGGAAGAGGAGGAGGUCGCAGCAGCUCCUUCCUCAUCCCUGCCUCUGCCUCCAGCCACCAGCAACUCCAGGGAUCAGUGGAUCAAAGACUCCUUUCAUAUUCCCUAAUAUGUUUUACUCUUUAUGAAAAGGAUUUGCAAGGCACUUGUGCUCUUUUGCUGUUUUACAUUCAUACAGUACACACUGGUGACCACUGAGCUGGAUGUUAAGUGCCUUAUUUAAGGGCAUCCUAGACUGUGGGGGAGAGUCUUAUUCAUUGACUUUUAAUUAUCAAAAAUGUCCAGACGUCUGCUUCUCUAACCUGUAGUCUGCAGCUGUCUCCUUACUGAAUAUACAGGGUGUCCACCAAAAAGUCUGGAACCCAGCAUUAGGCACUGAAAUACACUGCAGUCGUAUACUUGAGGGCACAUGACCUCUCAAAAACAUAAGUGCUAGCAAUCAGUAAUUUGUGUUCACUUUACGAUAGGGCUGGGCGAUAUGGACAAAAUGUCACAAUGUCAAAUGUCAGUAUUUUUGACUGAAUACCUCAAUAUCGAUAUUGUAAUGAUACUGUGGGGCUGACUGUUGGUGCUUUCACAAAAUAUUUACACAAAGAAUUUUUGGUAAACAAUUAUUAGUGAUGUGAAUGUGAUGACCAAACAGGUAGAGGCAAAUAGAAUAACUACAACAGUGUAAUAAGUUAAAAUUGCAUCCCUUUACUGUUAUCAUACACAGGCCGUAUCAUGAUGACAUUAUCCAAAAUCCCAGACGAUAUAUAGUCUCAUAUCGAAAUAUCGAUAUAGCAUCAGUAUAUUGCCCAGCCCUACUUUAAGAUUAAAGUAAAUCAUGAGGCAAGAGAGUACUCAGUAGUGAGAGCCUUGAUCAAGAGAUCCAGUGCCUUCUACUCUGUGAGCCUUUUCAUACCCAAAGAUAAAGUGGUGUUCUUCAGUGGAAUUCACCUUUAACCUAAAAGACGCCCCUGCACUUAAGGCAAAUUAAGCUCUCAUUAACUGCGCUCAAGUCAUAUGUGCCUAUAUAUAUGAGUUGAGCCCCAGCCACAGUGUAUACACUGUAUGUACUAUAUCACUCCAUAUAUACUGUCUGUUUACAAUCUUUGGUGUGGUUAUUAGGGCUGGAACUAACAAUUAUUUAAAUUGUUGAUUACUCUUGAUGUUUUUUGACUAACUGACUAAUCAUGUUGUCUAUAAAAUGUUAAAAUGACUGUUUCCCAUCACAAGUUACCAGAGCCCAAAGCACUUACUUAGUCUGACCAUCAGCUAGAAAAACAAUGUAUUCAUUUUAUACAAAUAUGGAAUGGAGAAAAGCAAGCUUUUAUGAAGCCGUAUAUGGAUGGCUAUACUUACUUGACCAAUGAUUAAAUCAAUUAUCAAAUUUAUAAUCAAUUAAUUUUUUGUCAAACUGCUGACCAACUAAUCAACAAAUUAUUUCAGCACUAGUUAUAUGUCAAACCAGCUCUACAAGGCUAGAUGUUUUAUAAUUCCACAUUAGGAAAUGUCACUCCGCUCAGCAAACAAACAAAAUGUAUUACAGUUUGGAAAUUCAAUGUUUUGACAAAGCCGUUGAAUUAAUUUGUUUAAC